AUGGGGAGAAUUAAGAAGGCGGCAACGCAGAAGCAUGAGGCUACAGUCGUAAGUUUAGCCCGGGACCCAUUUUAUAUGCGAGGAUCAUGGCUAAAAAUUUUUUUUUUCUAUCAUAAGUCUCCUUUUCUUGCAGAUUUCAUAGCGAGCGCGAUCAAUCUUCCCGUCCCCGAGCUUCCUGCUCAUCUCCGCACAUUCCCAAGGCAAUGGCCGUUCCCCCGGGGUGAUCUGUACCACUGGAUCAAGGUCUUGGACCGGUUCGAUGGAAUCUUGGCAGCUGUGAUCGAUGAGUAUUUCCUCAGCAUUGGGCCUCAGACACGAUCCUUCGGCAGGAAGGUUUUGCAAGACGCAUAUGCCGCACAUGAUGCCACGAAGACGCCUGAAGAAAACGACGCGAGACUAGAUUCUCUAGGCUAUAGCAUUGAAGGUGACCGAGAGCUGGUGGAAGCACUGCUUGAAUUCUCCCGGCUCCUGCUGGAAAAGUGUGGAAACCGGAGUCUCUACAGCAGCAGUGAUCGGCUAGGAGACUUCCUGAACACCACUUCCCUCUCGCUCCUUCAAUCUACUCUACGGCUGUCCCUGUGUCUCGCUCAGAGAUAUCAUUCUCGCCAGCGGGGCUCUCAUCAGCAGACUGCGUUGGCAGCACACUAUAACAUCGACUUGGAAAAGCUACAGAAAAUCGCGGCACCAUUCCCUCGUCCUUUCAACCCCACCGCUUCCCCUUCGAUUCCCACUAAAGGCAAGGAAAAAUCUACUCAGACUAAGCUCAACGCCAAUGAACUAGUGUCUUUGGUACGCGACCAGGAUGGCUGGGAAGAAUGGGGCCAUGUUCGUGUGCUUUACUACCCUUCUGGAAAUUCCGACAGAACGCGAACCAAUUCAGAGAUUGGUCAAUCCGAAAACUCCCCCGCUACCCCCACACCGCUGAGGCGAAGUGCGACACAACCAACUCCCCGCCUAAGUCGAGGCUCCAAUGUGGAUGACACCCCUGUUGGAAACACUCCAAACACAGGCGGCAAGGCUGAGGAGGUCUCACGUAGUGGAAAGAUCCUAGAUCUCCCCGUCUCCAAACUAUCAUCUGCCAAAGUGGAAGACAUACUGGCCACCCACUUACCCCACUUGCCAUUGGAUUCUAAAUACGAGCUCCUUCACAAGAUCCGUGUUGCUCGGGCUUUAGCUGGAUCGGCUUCUACUCGUGAACAGAUCCUCGCCAUUCGGAUUCUGGCGGCAACGAACCUGGCUUACGUUCACACGGAGUCAACAUACCAGCAGAAGAUUCUGCAAUAUGAUAUGGAACUGCCAAAGCGCCUCCAGUUGACUUUUCAACUCGCGGAGUUGGUUCACCUUGGAGCAAGUGAUGACAUCAAGGUGUCACGAACAUUGCAGACCUUGGCAAUUCAAGCUCUUGAUGCCCUAGCAAAGCACAAAUCCCGCGCUAACGAUGUUUGCGCCGCCCUGAGUGUCAAUGUCAACCACGGAGUUCUCAUGUUCCUCACUCGCAAGGUGGUGAACGAGCUGGGUGCCGAAGAUGACGGAACUGACAAUCCAUAUCAUGAUGAGUGGCGAGAUGCACUGCUUGCCCUUCUGCGGACCCUACCAAGUUCUGGCUUGCGUACGCCUGAUACUCUUGUCGCAGCCGGAUUGAUCCCCAUGUUCGUUGAUAUCCUUAAUCUAAGAACGCAGAAGGCUCGUCGAGUGUAUUCUCGGAUCAUGGAGUUUCUUGAUACCUUCGUGCAUGCUGUCCGGGACGCUCUAGGAACUUUGACAGCUGCGAAGGGAUUCGACGCAAUUUCUGAUCUCAUAGACCACGAGACCAAAACUGCAUUUGAGAGUGUCCAACGUGGAGAAGGCUUCCCCGCCAAGUACAAGUAUCCCACAAUUGAUUACCAGAUACCGUAUUUCCAGCAACAAACUCUUCGAUGGAUGUUCCGCUUCGUCAACCAUAUCAUGACGCACAAUGGCGGUGGCUUUGACCGUGUUCUGAGGAACUUGAUUGACUCGCCUCAAAUUCUCACCUCACUGCGCUUGGUGUUCGAGAAUGUCCGAGUCUUUGGCUCGCACGUUUGGAGUAAUGCUGUCAACAUCCUCAGCAGCUUUAUUCACAACGAGCCCACGAGCUAUGCUGUCAUCGCUGAAGCCGGUCUGAGCCGCAGCCUUCUUGCUGCUGUUAUGGGCCGUGAGUUGAAUGCUGAGGAGAAGCCACCCGCUGUCGAGCCAGAGGAUGCUGAUCCUGAACCCGAGAGCGAACAACUGACCCAAGGGGCAUCUACAGAAGUCGCUUCUAGCCAUGCUCCCAAAAAAGAGUAUGUCAUGGCUCGCCCGCAGGGUACGCCGCUUGCACAAGGUAUUAUCCCUGCUAUCGAGGCUUUGGCAUGUAUUCCAGGUGCAUUUGGCGCGAUCUGCCUGAAUUCCUCCGGUUUAGAUCUUUUCCAGUCCUCUGACGCGCUGGAGAGCUUUUUCGAGAUUUUCGAGAGCCCCGAACAUGUGAAGUGCUUGAAGGAUGACCCAAACCUCGUCCGCCAGCUGGGCACUGCGUUUGACGAACUUAUUCGUCACCAUCCAGCCCUCAAGUCAUCGAUCAUGUCUGCUGUCAUCGUUAUGGUUGCGCGUGUCAACCUCCUCGCCAGGGUGAAGACGUGGAAAUAUGGACUGGGCACAAAGCUCUGGAAAACAGGGCCAAUGGAGAAUCCUUCUCUCUCCGGGGACAUUUCCUCCCUGUUCCGUGCCAUUGGAGCCCCUCUCGAUGGCUCGGUGGAAGAUCCAGCAGUCAUUGGAGUUCCUCCGCUCAACCCUGACCGAAACCGUCGUCUUCUCCCGAAUGGUACAACACUUGUUUUGGGUGACCUGAAUGAUCUUCUUCCUUCGAAUGAAAAAGUCAGCAUCGAAGACGUGGAUGAAAAUGGCCUCACAGUGGCAGAUUACCUUUUCCCUGCCAUGCGUUUCCUUGGCGCACUUUUUGAGAACCAACCAAACUGCAGCUCAUUCAUCGAGGCCGGUGCUGCUGAGUUAGUUCUUGACUACGCCACGAUCCCUAGCCUUCCAUACGACUUCCAUGGAUCAGAUGCAAACCAGGAGCUUACGGUUCUCGUGCAUAUGCUUGCUGAAACGAAGCCACAUCUCAUUAUCCCUUCCCUGGUGCAUCGAGCUCAAACAGCAGUAGACAACCUAUCAACUUUCUGGAACGCUCCUUCUGAAACAGGUUUCUUCACUCCCCUUUCUAAACCGAUUGAUUCAGGGGACUCGGUUGCUGCGAACUCGGAGGCUGUUGCACAUGGGACGUUCUAUGCUAGACAUCUCAAUGCAGCCCUCAUCCUCACCGAUAUCCUCCGUGAGGUUUAUGCUUUGCCUUUGUAUCAGACGCGCCCCAUGCAGGUAGCCUCGGCAUUUGGCCAAGUCAACCUUGCCGACAAAUACUGUGCCUUGGUCUCUACGCUUGGAAAGCUUUAUUCUGCCUGUGUAUGGGAGUCAAUCGCGAACGAACUCAGUGUUCCCGAUCUAUGGUCACAUGCUAAGAAUACGGCUGGUGGCAAACCUGGCGCUGAAAAGCUUGAGAGUUUCCUUGGGCUCACCAAUUCAGAGGGCGCCACGGACCCUGCAGACGCCUCCCAGCAGGGUGGCUCUGUUCCAGCAAACAAGGAGUCCAAGCCAGCAGCGAGUGAUUCGGAAAUCACCAAGAACAAGAUUGAUGAAGAGAGCUCGGCCUUCAAGAAUGUGGAAACUCUUCGCUAUCUCCUGAGUACUCUUCCGCAAUCCAUUACUGGAUUUUUCCACAAUCUGGGGCUUGGCCUGGUCAACAAGCGCCGCGGUGACCACUACGUAAAGGGCAAACAGAGUGCCAAUUUGGUUGCAGAUGCGAUCGCGGAGUCCGUUCUCCACGGGCUUGAGCUUGCCGCGCCCAGCAACAACUCCAGCGUCAAGGCUCGAUCUGCAUAUCUCAUCAUCAUUCUGUCAUCUUUCUCCGGCUUACUGUACGAGGUGGGCGGUGAUCGCCCGCAGUCGAAUUAUCUGACUUUGGUUCUCCUUGCAUUCAAGCGUAAAAACGGCCUCAAGGUCCUGAAAAAUAUUUGCGAGGUCUUCAUGAACGAAGUCAAAGCACUUAAGCCACACGAGAAAGGCGCCGAUACCGAGAAAGAAGUGGUUGACCGAAUUGCCUCUGCCCAGGGUGGCAUUAAGAUCAUUCUUGCCAUAUUUGCAGAGCUCGUUGCCGGUAAGAGCAUUGUGGAAUCUACACAGACACAGGCUAUUAGCACCCAUGAACGCGAUCGCGACCGCCCUGAUUAUUUCCAGGCUGGCCAGUUCCUUGUGGAUCUUCGCAUGGAGAUUUUGCCCAUGGCUCAAGAAAUGUGGAACUCUGAUUUUGCAACCCAGUCGCAAAGUCCCAUCGUCAAGUUCCUAGUUGAUAUUCUCCGAUCAUCUUUGGAUGGUGAAUAUGAAACUGGCGCUCUCACGAGAGCAGAUACACCACCAGCUUUGACUGAAGCGCCUAAAAAGACAUUCGUGAUUCACAAGGAGCGGGCGCAAACUCUCAUUGAGAAGGGAUAUGAGGAUGCCGACUUAAACCAAGAGGCUCUUUAUCGCUGCCGAGGAAUAUUGCGGAGCCCAGAAAUGCCUCCUUCCCCGCCGAGACUUCCUCCUAGUUCAAGUGAUAUCUCAACUGGACCCCCAGAUGUCGCCUCUGGUGGAGAUGGGCUUGAAGAUACGCCCUCUGGAGAUGCGCCUUCAUUCCACAGUGGGAACCUUCUGGAACGCUCUGCUCUCGCCAUGCUCCUUGCACAGGCAACAGGACGUCCAGUGGACGAGACUAUGCCACCAGGCACAGCGGAAGAUGGAGAGGACGUUGUGCCAAUGCGUGAUGGGCUUGCUAGAGCUCUUGCGGAUGUUCAGGAUGAUAGUGACGACAUUUUCAGCCCCCAGCGUACUGAGCGGACUGGGCACCCUCGCCAGGAUCGCCCCCAGUCUCAUUCUGCAUCAGAGCCUACAAGUCAGCCUCAAGAGCUUGUGCGCCGGCGCCAAGUGGUCACUAUUGAAGAUCUUGAUGCUGAACGCGAGAAGGUCCGAUCUAAUCUCAUUGAGCGCUGUCUCGAUGUUCUCAAUGUUCAUCAUGACGUGUCCUUCGAGCUUGCAGACCUAAUCUCAUCUGCAAUCAAGAAGCACCGCGAGCCAGAAAGCUUCCGCCGAGACAUUGGCGAGACUCUUGUUCAGUCACUCGUUUCUCUGCAAAUGGAGAAUCUUCAAACUGCUGGUAAAAAGGUGGCCGCUUAUGCCCAUAUUCUGGCUCUUGUUCUGCAAGACCGUGAAAUGUACAGUGCAACACUCGAAGAGCUCAAGGACUGUUUCUCGACUUUUCUUGGCUUUAUCAAGCUUCCCGCCCCUGAGAAGCCCGCCGAGGAAAACUUCCCAUGGGUUGGACAUGUGUUGCUCAUUCUAGAGAAACUUCUUUCUGAUGACUGUCAGCCUCCUCAAAUCAACUGGUCGGUUCAGAACCUCGAGGAUCCCUCGUCGGGAGAGGAACCUGCAUCACUUCAGGAGCCUCUUGUUUCUCUAGAUGAGAAAACUGAACUCUUUGAAGCUCUUGUUGAGAUUCUCCCUCGUGUGGGCAAAGAUGGUACCCUUGCACUUUCUAUUUGCCGUGUUCUGGUCAUCUUGACCAGGAAUCGCAACAUCGCGGCUCGUUUCGGCGAGAAGCGAAAACUUCAGCGGCUCUUUGUUAUGGUCAAGCAACUUGCGAGCGCUACCAACGACAAACUCCAGAGCAGUUUCAUGUUGAUCUUACGUCAUAUCGUUGAGGACGAAGCUACGAUCCGCCAGAUCAUGCGGAGCGAGAUAGUAUCGAACUUUGAAAACAAAUCCUCCCGCCAGAUUGACACCACUGGAUACGUACGGCAAAUGUACCAUCUCGUUUUACGCGCGCCUGAGAUCUUCGUGGAAGUCACAAAUGAAAAGGUCAAGCUUCUACGACAUGAUACUCACCAGCGCCCGCAGGUUCUCGUUCUGAAGGGUGAAAAGUCGCAAAAUGCUGGUGAGGCGGAAGAAGAAACCAAAGUCGAGAAAUCUCCUGGCGAGGGAUCAAGCUCCGAGGAAAAAGAAAAGGGCCAGGCCAAGACUGGCGAACUCAGGGCUCCCAUUGUCGAAAACCCCGAUGGUGUCAUUCAUUAUCUAUUGUCAGAGCUUCUCUCCUACAAAGAUGUUGAUGACAAGGAACCACCUACCGAGCCUGGCGACUACUCCUCCUCAGACCAGCCUGACGGCCAAACUGACGUGGAAAUGUCUGUUGAUGAGCCUACGCCUUCCAUCACCAGCAGCUCAGAGGCUGUUCCUAAUCGGAACUCGACCAAGAAGGGUGAGAAGCCGCCAUUCAAGGCUGAAGAUCAUCCCAUCUACAUCUACCGAUGCUUUCUUCUCCAAUGUCUUACCGAACUUCUCUCCUCAUACAACAGGACCAAGAUCGAGUUCAUCAACUUCUCACGCAAGGCCGACCCCCUUGCUACAACACCUUCCAAGCCGCGGUCGGGUGUCCUCAAUUACCUUUUGAAUGUCCUUGUCCCUGUUGGGACAAUGGAGCACGACGAGUCUCUCGCAUUCAAGAAACGGAGCAUCACUUCAAACUGGACCAUGCAGGUUCUUGUGGCUCUUUGCAAUAAAACCGGCGAGCAUGGUGGUCUUGGAAGACGCCGUGGUGCCGACACCAAGAGCAGCGAAGAAGAUGAGCCAGAGCUUGCAUUUGUUCGCAAAUUUGUGCUUGAACAUGCCCUCAAGUGUUACAAGGACACUAACAUGUCGAAUGAACCUUUGGACGCCAAAUAUUCCAAGCUCAUGUGUCUCGCCGACCUUUUCGACAAGAUGCUCAGUGGCUAUUCUUACACCCAGGAUGUAGGCUUCCCGUCUUCGACAAGACAACUUGCCAGAACGAUGUUUGAGAAGCACUUCAUCCCUGCUUUGACCGCGUCCGUCGCGGACAUCGAUCUGAAUUUCCCAUCAUCAAAACGCGUCAUCAAAUACAUUCUCCGCCCCUUGAACAAACUCACUCAAACUGCCGUGCUCGUUAGCGAAACUUCCGACAUCUCUACCCUUGGUGAAACAGAAGAGGAUGAGAUUUCGUCGGCAACCUCGGUCUCUGAUUUUGAGGACGAGCGUGAAGAAACUCCUGAUCUGUUCCGCCACUCUACUCUCGGUAUGCUGGAACCUCGGCACGACGACGAAGAAGAAUCUAUGAGUGAGGGCUCUGAAGACGAAGACGAGGAUAUGUACGAUGAUGACGGCUAUGAUGAUGAAAUGGAAUACGACGAAGAAAUUGAGGAUGAUGGAGAAGUUGUCAGCGACGAAGACGUGGACGAGCGCCACGGCUCCAUCGGCCCAAUUGAAGGUCUCCCUGGUGAUGCCGUAGAAGUCAUCAUUGACGACGACGAUGACGACGAGGAGGACGAUGAAGAUGACGAGGACGACGAAGAUGACCAGUCCGACAUGGAAGAUGACGAGAUCUAUGCCGGGGAGAUCACGGGCGAUCAUGACAACGAGAGCCUGGGUGAAGAUGAAGAAGACGAAUGGGAGAGCGAAGAUAUGACCGAAGAUGAGGAAGAUACUGAAAUGAUGCAUCAAUUUGAAGAUGAAUUGGCCGACAUUCGCCAAUCCACCCGCAACAUUGAAGGCCGCCAUAUGGAUGAUAUUUUCCGAGCGUUGAACGAUGCCACUGGUGGAGUCAAUGAUAUCCACCGUGGUGGUCUUGGGGGUGAUAUCCACGACGAGAUCCUUGACGAGCUUAACGAGGACGGAGAAGAAGACGAUGAAAUCGAUGAACUCGAAGAAGAGGUCGAUGAUUACGAUGAUUAUGAUCCGGAGCACGACUCGGAGGGUGAAAUGGAUGAAGAAGACCUCCUAGAGCCCUGGGGCUGGGAAGGCGAUGAAGGCCCACCACCCCGUUCCCACCACCAUCAUCGCCGGUUCCGCGGUGGUGCACCACCAGCAUGGGCUACCGUUACUGAAAUCAUGCCACCUGGCCGUGGUGGUGGUCUUGUCCCCAUCCAACCCUACCCUCGCGUGCACAGAGGCCAGCUUGCUAACCGAAACAACGACGACGGAACUAAUCCCCUCCUUUUGCGGAACGACCGUGCUGUUGAUACUUCGAGCCAUCGCCUUGGCCCCGUUGGCGGUGAUCCUUUCAGCGCCGAAUGGGGUCAGGCCGAUGGCGGCAGUCGAAUGCUUGCCGUGGACAGUCCUAUGAGCUUCAUGAAUGCUAUUAUGCAAGCCAUCGGCGGACAAGUGACCCCCGGCUUUGGAGUUGUCAGUCGCCCAGACGGAAUUCAUGUCCAUGUUGAUCGUCGUGCGCUCCCACACAGCCGUUUCCAAGACAUGUUCGGUUCUCUAGCUCGUGGCAACUUACCACCUUCGCGAGGCAGCCGCGAUGACCCUCACAACGCUGUUAAAUUUUCCAUGUCUACAACUCGAUCUCGGUGGCAAGAAGAAGCUCGCAUCUUGUACAGCAGUUCUUACGUUGAGAAGACACAGCGGGUGGUCAACUCUCUCCUGAAGAUUCUAAUUCCACCUGCCAUUGAAGAAGAGAAGCAGCGCCAAAAGAUCCAGGCUGAAGAACGCAAACGCCAGCAAGAAGAGCAACAGGAAAGAGAGCGCAAAGAGCGUGCCGCUCGUGAAGAAGAAGAACGUGAGCGUAAGCGCAAGGAGGAAGAAGAUAAUGCUCGAAUCCAGGCCGAAAGGGAACAGCAAGAGGCCGAACGUCUCGCUGCCGGCAUUGACGAACCCAUGGAAGAUGUUCAGUCGACCGGUAAUGCCAACCCGGAAGAAGGGUCAUCUGCCCAGCCAGCGGAAGCCGAGCCUGUUGAACGGGUUUUCACUACCAUUCGGGGUCGUCAACUGGACAUUACCGGACUGGAGAUUGAUUCUGAAUACUUGGAGGCCCUGCCAGAGGAGCUUCGUGAGGAGGUGAUCAUGCAACAACUCGCUGAACAGCGAUCUCAAGCCGCUGCUGCGGGCGAGGAACCCACUGAAAUAAACCCGGAGUUCCUCGAAGCCUUGCCAGCAGAGAUCCGUGAGGAAUUGCUCCAGCAGGAAGCUGCGGACCGGCGCCGUCGCGAGCGUGAGACUGCUCGCCGCCAAGCUACAACCAGCGGUGCCCCACGUGCUGAGGAUAUGGAUGCAGCAAGCUUCCUGGCCACACUGGACCCUUCGCUCCGUCAAGCCGUCCUCGCCGAUCAGCCAGAGGAAGUUCUUGCUUCUUUGGGUCCUGAAUACAUAUCUGAGGCUCGAGCUCUAGGUGGAGCUCGACGCAUUGCUCAAUUCCCAGAUCAUAUCCCUGGAAUCGAUUCUCGCUUACAUAGAAACGAGCCAGCGACUGGGGACCAUGAGCCGAAGAAGUCUCAGCGCCGCCAGAUCGUGCAAAUGCUCGACAAAGCAGGUGUCGCGACACUCCUACGUUUGAUGUUCAUGCAUCUUCAAGGAAACGCCCGUCAUCAACUGAACGAUAUCCUCCACAACGUCUGCGAGAAUCGUCAGAACAGAGGCGAGGUUAUUAGUCUACUCUUGUCUGUCUUGCAGGACGGCAGCGUGGACUCCUCCGCUAUUGAGCGUAGCUUCUCCCACUUGUCACUUCGUGCUAAAGCUCCCGGCGCUCAGAAGACCCCACAGUCUGUUAAGCGCAGUCUGAGUCUUCAAACAUCAUCCAGUAUUAGCAAUGAUGUGACGCCGAUCAUGGUUGUACAGCAGUGUCUCAGCACUCUUUCUUUCUUGUCACAGUUCAAUCCUCAUAUUGCCUGGUUCUUCUUGACUGAGCAUGACUCCGCCUCGUCUCUGAAAAUCAAGGCAUUCCGCAAGGGCAAGGGCAAAGAGACCCGAGCUAACAAAUUUGCCUUGAAUGCUCUCCUCUCUCUCCUUGAUAGAAAAUUGAUCAUGGACAGCCCUAACUGCAUGGAGCAGCUCUCCAGUCUACUCAGCAGUAUCACGCAGCCACUGACCGUGCUCCUUCGCCGUGAGAAGGAGCGACAAGAAGAGGAAAGCAAGGGCAAAAAGCCUGAAGGUACUCAAUCCGACGACCAAGCCCCCGCGCCUGAGGCCACUGAGCCUAGCGAAACAACCACAGACACUACCAUGACCGAUGCUCCGGUGCCCACUGUUGAGGGAUCUGACGAGCAAGUAACCGCUGAGGGUGGUUCGCAGACAAAGCAGGCCAAUGACUCCGAACGGCCUGCCGAAGAAGAGAAACGCAAGCGACGCUCCCUCGAGCCUCCAGUUGUCCCGGACCACAAUUUCCGCCUGGUUGUCCAAAUACUUGCUGCUCGCGAGUGCAAUGGAAAGACAUUCCGUGAUACUCUUUCUACCAUCAACAACCUUUCUGCCAUUCCCGGAGCUCGGGAUGUGAUUGGCACCGAACUUGUGAGCCAGGCCCAGAGCUUGAGCGACAUCAUCCUUGGCGACCUUGAGGAACUUCUUCCUCAUAUCCAUCAAUCAAAGACUGGCACCGACAUGCAAGGUCUAGCCUUGUCUAAGUUCUCUCCCGCCAGUUCUGAUCAAGCGAAACUACUCCGUGUUCUCACUGCUCUGGACUAUCUCUUCGACCCUACUCGUGUUGAUAAGUCUAAGGGCAGCGAGCCUGAAUCCGCGCCUAAGGAGGACGUCCUCAAGAAGCUGUAUGAGAGUGCUACUUUUGGCCCUCUCUGGACCAAGCUGAGUGACUGCCUAACGGUAAUCCGCCAGAAGGAAAAUAUGCUCAAUGUCGCCACUAUUCUUCUGCCACUUAUCGAAGCACUGAUGGUCGUCUGCAAGAACACCACUCUCAAGGACCAGCCGCUCUCUCGCAACAGCCGUGAGCUUUCUGUCAACAGCAGCGCCCCAGGUGAUCCCGGUGUUAGCAUGGAGAACCUCUUUUUCAAAUUCACUGAGGAACACCGCAAGAUCCUCAACGAACUUGUUCGCCAGAAUCCUCGUUUGAUGAGUGGUACAUUCUCGCUCCUUGUCAAGAACCCCAAGGUUUUGGAGUUUGAUAACAAGCGCAAUUAUUUCACCCGCCGCGUUCACUCUCGUGGCGCUGAGCCCCGUCAAGCUCAUCCUCCUCUCCAACUCUCUGUGCGCAGAGACCAAGUCUUCCUUGAUUCAUUCAAGCAUCUCUAUUUCAAGACUGCCGAUGAACUCAAAUAUGGCAAACUCAAUGUUCGAUUCCACGGAGAAGAAGGUGUUGAUGCUGGUGGCGUCACUCGUGAAUGGUUCCAGGUCCUCGCUCGGGGGAUGUUCAACCCCAAUUACGCCUUGUUCAUUCCUGUCGCCGCCGACCGCACAACGUUCCACCCUAACCGCCUCAGUGGUGUCAACUCCGAGCAUUUGAUGUUCUUCAAGUUCAUUGGCCAAAUCAUCGGAAAGGCCCUCUAUGAAGGCCGGGUGCUUGAUUGCCACUUCAGCCGUGCUGUCUACAAGUGUAUUCUCGGACGCUCGGUGUCUAUUAAGGACAUGGAGACUCUUGACUUAGAUUACUACAAGUCUUUGCUAUGGAUGCUGGAAAAUGAUAUCACCGACAUUAUAACAGAGACUUUCUCCAUCGAGACUGAGGCUUUUGGUGAGAAGGAGGUGAUCGACCUUAUUCCUGAUGGUCGCAACAUCCCAGUCACUCAAGAGAACAAGGAAGAGUACAUCCAGCGUAUGGUCGAGUACCGUCUUGUGGACUCUGUCCGCGAACAGCUCGACAACUUCCUCAAAGGCUUCCAUGAAAUCAUUCCACCGGAUCUCAUUUCCAUCUUUAAUGAGCAAGAGCUUGAGCUACUUAUCUCCGGUUUGCCUGAGAUCGACGUGGACGAGUGGAAGAACAACACCGAGUACCACAACUAUUCCGCCUCGUCCCCGCAGAUCCAAUGGUUCUGGCGAGCUGUCCGCUCAUUUGAUAAGGAAGAACGAGCCAAGUUGUUGCAGUUCGUCACUGGAACCAGUAAGGUGCCUUUGAAUGGCUUCAAGGAACUUGAAGGCAUGAAUGGCGUGAGCAAGUUCAGUAUCCACCGCGACUACGGCAACAAAGAUCGCCUUCCUAGCUCCCACACAUGCUUCAACCAACUCGAUCUUCCGGAAUAUGAGAGCUACGAGGAUCUCCGCCAACGACUGUACACCGCCAUGACUGCUGGUAGCGAGUACUUCGGCUUCGCAUAG